CAGAUAGUGACAGCAGCAGCGAAUCGUCAUCAUCAUCGUCUGAGAGUCCUAGCAGGAGUCCUAGCAGGAGUCGUCGUGAUAGUAGUAGAGGGAAGGGGAAUAUGUCUUCAUCACAGCAGAAAAGGAGGAGGCCCGAGUCGCCGGUGAAGGAAAGUAGAUCGUCGAAAUCAUCAGCAGACUUGAAUGCCUGGAGGAAGGCACGUGACGAUGCUCAAGCUGGUCCGAGGCAACGCUAUAUUGAACGCCCAUCGGGUCGAGAUGGGCGUUCAUAUGAGAGGUCCCGGGGAGAGAGUAGCCGAUCUCCUCCGAGUCCCCGACGUAGACAAAGGAAGGAUGUCGUGGAGUCACCGAGACGUAGGAAGAGGAAGGAUGCGGUUGAAGACAGCGAUGAAUCACCUCCCACGGGAUCGCCUAGGAAAAUCGCUAAGCGUCGAAGUUCAUCACAAAGACGCGGCUGGUUUGAAUUAUCUCUCUCACCCUCACGAGGGACUCCUCCUGAAACUCGACCGAAUGAGGAAGAGCGUUCAGGCGGAAGACGUAGCCGCUCGAGGAGCAUAUCGAAUCGGGGUCGGUAGGCCCUUCGAGAUCGACUUUACCGGCCGCUAGAAGGGAUAGCUGAUGACCUAGUUGAGUUUACGUUGGAG